GCGCCCAGCCCCCGCCCCGCGCCCCCCGCGCAGUGCUCAUGCGCGCGGCCCGGCCUUUAUAGCGGCCCCGGGAGCCGAGCUGUCGGCACUCGGGUGCAGCCGUGCGGAUCCCACGCAGGUCCCGACCGCCGCUCAGCCACCAUGUCUGCAGCCUGGCUCCCAGCUCUCUGCCUCGGUGUGUGUCUGCUGCUGCCGCUGCCGGAGCCGGCGGGCAGCGAGGGAGCAGUUCCCUUGGCCAUCACGUGCACUACCAGAGGCUUGGAUAUCAGGAAGGAGAAAGCAGAUGUCCUGUGCCCCGCCGGCUGCCCCCUGGAGGAAUUCUCCGUGUUUGGGAACAUAGUGUAUGCUGCUGUGUCCAGCAUCUGUGGGGCCGCUAUCCAUAGGGGAGUGAUCGGCACCUCAGGGGGACCUGUGCGAGUCUACAGCCUCCCUGGCCGGGAAAACUAUUCCUCAGCAGAUGCCAACGGCGUCCGCUCGCAGACGCUUUCCAGAUGGUCCGCUUCUUUCACGGUGACGAAAGGCAAAAGUAGCACCCAGGAAGCCACAGGACGAGCAGUAUCCACAGCACGGCCCCCAGCAGGUAAAAGGCUAAAGAAAACACCAGAAAAGAAAACCGGCAAUAAAGACUGCAAAGCAGACAUUGCAUUUCUGAUCGAUGGAAGCUUUAACAUUGGACAGCGCCGAUUUAACCUGCAGAAGAAUUUUGUUGGGAAAGUGGCUCUGAUGCUGGGAAUUGGAACAGAAGGCCCACACGUGGGCCUCGUUCAAGCCAGUGAGCAUCCCAAAAUAGAAUUUUACUUGAAAAACUUUACAACAGCCAAAGAUGUUUUGUUUGCCAUAAAGGAAGUAGGUUUCAGAGGGGGUAAUUCCAAUACAGGAAAAGCAUUGAAACAUACUGCUCAGAAAUUCUUCACGGCGGACACUGGAGUGAGAAAAGGGAUCCCCAAAGUGGUGGUGGUGUUUAUUGACGGCUGGCCUUCUGAUGACAUCGAGGAGGCUGGCAUUGUGGCCAGAGAGUUUGGUGUCAAUGUAUUUAUAGUUUCGGUGGCCAAGCCUAUCCCUGAAGAACUGGGGAUGGUUCAGGAUGUUGCGUUUGUUGACAAGGCUGUCUGUCGGAAUAACGGCUUCUUCUCUUACCACAUGCCCAACUGGUUUGGAACCACAAAAUACGUGAAGCCUCUGGUUCAGAAGCUCUGCACUCACGAGCAGAUGAUGUGCAGCAAGACCUGCUAUAACUCAGUCAACAUCGCCUUCCUGAUCGACGGCUCCAGCAGCGUCGGGGAGAGCAAUUUCCGCCUCAUGCUCGAGUUUGUUUCCAACAUAGCCAAGACUUUCGAAAUCUCAGACAUCGGUGCCAAGAUAGCUGCCGUCCAGUUCACUUAUGAUCAGCGCACAGAAUUCAGUUUCACUGACUACAGCACCAAAGAAAACGUGUUGGCCGUUAUAAGAAACAUCCGCUACAUGAGUGGUGGAACAGCUACUGGCGAUGCCAUUUCCUUUACCGUCAGAAAUGUGUUUGGGCCCGUGAGGGACAGUCCCAACAAGAACUUCCUGGUCAUCAUCACAGACGGGCAGUCCUACGACGAUGUCCGAGGCCCCGCUGCCGCCGCACAUGAUGCAGGAAUCACCAUCUUCUCUGUUGGUGUGGCUUGGGCACCUCUGGAUGACCUGAAAGAUAUGGCCUCCAAACCGAAGGAAUCUCACGCUUUCUUCACAAGAGAGUUCACAGGAUUAGAACCAAUCGUUUCUGAUGUUAUUAGGGGCAUCUGUAGAGAUUUCUUAGAAUCCCAGCAAUAGUGACUUUUGACAACUGAAAGAGAAAGUGCAAGAGGAUCUAAUGUGUAAAUUGUAUUCUCACAAUACUGAAAUACUGUAGCAUCAGAUAUAAAACUAUUAAAGAUGUCAACAGCUAUUUUAAGCACAUAAGCAUUCAUUUAGAGCUACUACUUUCUGAUUACAAUUGUUCAAAACACUCUGCUGAGACUUCAUAAUCAUGACCCACAGAAACUCAGGAGAGGAAAUAUUGUAAAUUAAAGUCCUAAACAGUUCUAAGAUGCCUAUUGAAUGUAUUAAUAUGCAAAUUCGAUAGCUUAAUAAAAGAAUCUAGUACUUAGACCAAAAGCAGUUUUCCUUCUCUAUAAUCAUUCUAUACUGACUGCAUAAGAAAAAUGAAAGAGAAAUUUUAAAAAGCUCUUAAAUAUUCUGACCUAAGUGGAUGUUCUCAAAACUAAACAAUAGAUGGCUGUUACUUCUCACUAAAAAGUUAGGAUGAUAUGAAAAGGAAUUAUGUAUCAAGCUCCCAUUAUGUUCCAUUUUCAUUACAACAUCAUCAAAAUUAUCAAACAAGAUAGCAGGGUUAUUUUUCUAUUUAUAGCCUUAAUUUUAUAUGUAUAUAGAUGUAUUUGGCUUAUACUUUACCAAUUUUUUUAGUACUUGGACGACUUUUAAAGUUUUUACUUAUUGCUUAUACUUUAGUUUUUUAAAGAUUUAUUUGAAAGAGAGUUACAGAGAGAGGUAGAGACAGAGAGAGAGGUCUUCCAUCCAAUGGUUCACUCCCCAUAUGACCGCAUCAACCAGAGCUGAUUCGAAGCCAGCAGCCAGGAGCUUCUUCCAGGUCUCCCACGCGGGUGCAGGGGCCUAAGGACUUGGGCCCUCUUCUACUGCUUUCCCAGGCCAUAGCAGAGAGCUGGAUUGGAAGAGGAGCAGCCGGGACUCGAACCAGCGCCCAUAUGGGAUGCAGGUGCUGUAGGCUGCAACUUUAACCUGCUGUGCCACAGGGCUGGCCCCUUACUGUUUAUACUUUAAAGGACACAUUUCAAAUAAGAGAAUGCAAGGGAAAACACUCUAGUUUAAAUAUUUAAGCAAUAAAACUGCUAGUAACUAUUCUAAAACACUACUUACAAUUUCAAGUCUCUCUCCAAGAUAUGGUAAAAAUUGAGUUUGUUCUAAUUAAUGUAAACACCAAUCAAUUUUUUAAAAACCCAUGCAAUACCAAGUAUAUUUUUUUCCAAUUACUGAAUACCUACUGUUCAGAUUAAACACUGAGUUGUUUUUGAGUACUUCUUUCAACAGAAAAGUUUUGCAAUUAACAUUUUUAAAAUGUGAUUGUAAAGUUCGUUCCCAAGAAAGAACAUUAAGACUCAACAUGACCUAGGUGACUGGCUCAUUAAGUCCUCCCCACACAUAGGUUUUCCAUCAUCCCAUCUUGCCUGCCUUCUCUAAAGAGAGGUCCCGUCCCCAUGCCCACCUGUGCACCCUACUUCCCUUCAAAUAUGCACGGAUUCUAUUUGAAACUUAACAGUUGACCUAAAAAAGGUUAAAAUAAAUCUCUUUUACAGCCCAUGUAAAAGGAAUAAAGGUAUUAUGUGUAGGUAAAGGCAGAACUGGAGUUGCCCUUCAGACUAGUAAUUUUGACAAAAUGAACUUAGGAGAAAAUAAUCACUCUCUUCCCCCUUCAUAAAAAACAGUAAAUAUGGUUGUUCAUGUAACAAGGAGAUUUUCAAUUAAAACCAAAAAUGGGUUUAAUUUUCUCCAGUAACAGACUACAAAUUCUCAGGGAUACCAUCCCUUAAAAACAAACAAACAAACAAAAACCACUAAGCUUUAAUGAAAAUCUAGCUUCCAGAAAUUAGGCCUUUUAUAAUUUUAUAAAGGACAGAGUUUUGAAGCUUCUCAGAUAACCAGGAAAGCUAAUACUUUUAUUGACUUGAAGAGCGGAAAUCAAGUUUAAGUUACUGUAAAUUUUAUGAGUAAAUAACUGGGAUUAAGAGUUAGCAACUAAAGGGAAUAGUAAAAAAGGAUUAAAGGGGCCUGUGCUGUGCCCUAGUAGGUUAAGUGACUGCCUGUGGCACUGGCAUCCCAUAUGGGCACCAGUUCAAGUGCCAGAUAUCCCAUUUCCAAUCCAGCUCCUUGCUAAUGGCCUGGGAAAGCAGUGGAGGACAGCGAGGUGCUUGGACCCCUGCACCCAUAUGGGAGACCAGGAGGAAGCUCUUGGCUCCUGGUUUCUGACUGGCUCAGCUUCCACCAUUGAAGCCAUUUGUGAAUUCAACCAGUGGAUGACUUUCUCCCUCUUGCUGUAAUUCUGCCUCUCAAGUAAAUAAAUAAAUCUUUAAAAAAAUUUAAAAAGGUAAAAGGAUUUAAAAAGACAUUUUACGAAAUAGUUUUGACACACCUAAAUUGCAAAUAUGCUAGCUCAUUUGUAACUUAAAUUUUAUUUAAGGGGGGUAGUGAGCAAGCAAGCGAGCUCUCACUUGCUGGUUUUACUCCUCGUGUCCUGAAGAAGGGAGUCAGAACAAAAUCCAGGUCACCUAUGGGUGUAAGAACCCAAUUACUUGGGUUAUUUUCACUGCUUCCCAGGGUGUGUAUUAGUAGGAAGCUGGAGCCAGGAAUCAAACCCAGGUACUCCAAUCUGGGAUGCAGAUGUCUAAACUGCUGGGCUAAUGGAGUAAAAUACUCCCUAAUUCAUGACUUUUAAUACAUUAAGUGAGAUGUUGGUCUUCAGUGGAUUACUUUAGUUUGCAAUAGAAAAAUAACAUGAAUAAAACAUGAAAGAGAAGAAUAUAAUUACAUACUGAGAACAAGUCAACACAUUAAAUUUGUAUAUAAAAAUAACCUUAAGCCUUAUGCAUAAAGUAUAUUUAAUAGUCAAAUUAAUCUACAUAAUUUACCAUAAAUCACAAAUGGAAGCAUACAAAUAAUAUGAAAAUAAAUACAUUCUUUUUGUAUUCCUUUAGUCUCUUCCAAAAGUUUAAUAUUGUAGAGAAAAAUACAACCAAAGUGGGUAAGAGAAAAAUAAACAUAUAUACUAAUUUUUAUCCAUUUCAGUUCUAAUACAUUCCAAGAGAGUGAAGUUUAAGCAUUGCAGUGAUAAUCACAUUUCAUUAUACAGUGAUGCACUGGGUUGGAACAGCUGCCAGCAACAACACUAGCUUUGGAAAAGUUUCUUAAAUUACUUCAAAUUUUAAAAAAUGAUGAGAAAACUGUCUCUUUAUUUUGUUCAUUAGUUGAAUGUUUAAUUCAGAAAACAACCUGUAAAAAAAUGUUUGAGAAGUUUUAAUGUUUCAUCAUCAAUGACUGAAAUUGCUACUUGGAUUUUCAUGAUAGAUGACAAAAUUUCUCAACGUACACACAGUGUAGCUUUUUUUUUUUCUGCAGCAGGUAUUCAAAUAGAAUUCUGCACACAAUUUUUCUAGUGUUCUGAGCCCAUAUGAAAUUUCCUUCAAAGAAAGAGGAUGAUUCUACCUUACAGAAGGAAAAGGUUUCAAGAUAGUAAUACUAAGCAUUAUUUAUAAGGAUAAGUUUAACAAAUAAUGUAGUUUAUUCUCUGCUGAACUUUUCUAUGGAAAGUUGUGCCUACAGAGGCCCACCACCACCACUAACAAAUUCAGAUUUAAUAAAGUAACAAGAUGUCUAAGAAAAUUACUUAAAAUUGUAUCUCUAUGACUUUGUGGGAGAGAGAGGGGCUGUUUUACUUUGAAUUGCCUAGCUUAUUUUAAUAGAAUAUUUUUUUAAAAUCCCCAAAAUGGAGUAAAAUACUCAGAAAGGCAUUUUUAAUAUUACUGUUCUAAUAUUACUAGAAUAUCAAUACACAGUAAAAAGUAUAAAAGAACAGUAUAAAAAUGAAGGACUCACUAAGAAAUCAUCUCCAUUUCCUAGUUUAAUUAUGGAGAGUAAAGUAUUGCACUUUAUUAUUCAACACAAAAUGAUGUAGCCAACAGUAACAUACAGGUACACAAUUUAAUAUUUAUUAUAUGCAUUUUAUAUACAUUAUUUUUCAACAGCUGUAUGUUUGCUAUGUGGUACAAUCUUAAAAACUGGAUGAUUCAUAGUUUGUAAAACAGAAACCUUACAAAACUCAUCAAAACUUGCAAACUGAUCAGAAAAGUUUUUUGGAAGACUAGAAAAAAUACUUUAUUGUCUUAAUCAUGCAUCACACAAACAAAAUCUUUAGUUACACCAUAAAAUUAAGCACACCUAAAAAAAUAAAACAGGGAAAACUAGUCCAAACACAGAUUUCUGUAUCCUGAUUCAAUUAUUUUGUGUCCUAUUCGUAAUGCAAAUAAAAUUUUACUCCAAAUAUUUUCAAACAAGAUAGUUUUGUUUGGAAUCAUGGUGAACCAAGAUACAUAUCUUGGGGAGAACCACCUUGGUUUGUAACUUAAACUAUAAAAUAUUCCAUUUUUAGUCUAUUUUAGACUAUUCAAAGAGUUCCAAAAUAGAUAUACAGGUUCCUUUAGCACAUUAAUAAAAGGAUAUAAAGACCAACAAAAAGUGAAAUAAAUAAUAGGCCAUUAGCAAGAUGGAUAAUCCUUGAUAAAUAAACUUGUAAAUACAGUAAGAUGUACAAAAUAUCACAUAGUGAUAGGAUGCCAAGAUUAGUUUUUCUUUUUAAAGAGUUCCUUUGGAGUACUAAACCCCAUUGUUUCAUUUUAAUAUACUUAAUAGUCCUUGGUUUAUGAAGACAUUUAUAUGACGAUGAAGGUGAUUUAGCAUCUUUCUGGAAGGACUUAGCUGAGCUGUAUUAGGCAGAAGGAGGAAAGUUAAGUGGUUACAGGGCAGCGGGUCAGUGAGAUCUGCUUUAGGGGCGUAUAAUGCAGACAAACUUCAAUACAAUCUUGAGCACUGUUGUGACAGGCUAAAUAUAUAAAAAGACUUAUAAAAACUAGAAUUUUAUCCAAACAUUUUGUGCAACUAAUGCUAAAAUAUUUUAAGUUAAAUUUUCUUUUCUUUUUUUUUUUAAAGCAAAAUAAGUUUAAAAGGGAAUCUGUGGCAUUCAACUGAUAAACAGAAGAUCACUAAGAGAUGAAAAACAGCUACUCUUGGAGCUCACUUCCCCCAACAAGAGCACCACAUUCCUAACCCUAAGGCAGCACACAGAGUCCAAAAAAAGAGUCUUUUUGUAAGAUCAGACUCCACAUUGGCUUAUAGACACCUUUAAAAAAAAAAAAAAAAAACACAAAACACAAAAAACAGAA